UGAACUUGUUCAGAACGAAACGAACCAAAGCUACAAUUUUGUACAAUGUUUUAAACUUUGUUUAAUUUGUUUAGUUUUACAAUUGAAAUAUACUCAUAAUUUAAUUAAUUUGUUUAUGUUAACGGCGCAGUGCAGUGAAAGUUUGUGGUUAACUUAGAUGCAAUAAACAUGUCCGAGGUACGCAUACGACCACGUCAAGUGCUCGUGCUAAUCAUUGUGUUCAUUGUGCUGCUGCUGAUGGUGCAUCGCAAUGGGAAACGCACCUGUGAUGGACCCGAUUACCUGAGGGACAUGUACUCCAAGCAAUUGGCUGACACGUUGCCCAAAAUCUAUGCCAUAACGCCCACGUAUGCGCGACCCGCACAAAAGGCCGAGCUAACCAGGCUCUCACAUUUGUUUAUGCUGGUGCCCAAUCUGCACUGGAUCAUUAUCGAGGAUAGCAACAGCACAACGACGCUGGUGCGUAAUCUGCUGCUGCGCGCCGGACUGGAGCAGCGUUUUACCCAGCUGCAUAUUAAGACGCCGCCAGAGUUUAAGCUGCAGGGCAAGGAUCCCAAUUGGAUCAAGCCACGCGGCGUGGAGCAGCGUAAUCUGGCCUUGACUUGGCUGCGUGCCAAUGCCGACGUGGAACGUCAUGCCAUUGUCUUUUUUAUGGACGAUGAUAACUCGUAUUCCGUGGAAUUGUUUGCUGAGAUGAGCAAAAUUAAGCCAGGUCAUGUGGGCAUCUGGCCUGUGGGUCUGGUGGGCGGUUUGAUGGUGGAGCGUCCAUUGUUGGAUGAGCAGAACAAGGUGAUUGGCUUCAAUGCCGCCUGGCGACCGGAGCGCCCCUUUCCCAUUGACAUGGCCGCCUUUGGCAUUAGCCUGGAUCUGUUUAUCAAGUAUCCGCAGGCUGUUUUCUCCUAUGAGGUGCAACGUGGCUAUCAGGAGAGCGAAAUACUACGUUAUCUGACCACACGGGAGCAGCUGCAGCCGCUGGCCAACAAUUGCCGGGAUGUGCUCGUCUGGCACACGCGCACGGAGAAGACGAAACUAACUGCCGAGGAUGCACUUAAGCGACAGCACAAAAGAUCCGAUGAGGGCAUGGAAGUUUAGGAGCAGCUACUACUUAUACAGCCGGUUUCCGGACUCACUGACUAAACGGGUCAGCCUAGAGAAUUUAUAUAGUUUAUAUUCCAUUGCCUUGACUAUUUUAUGUAAUAUAACUGCAUCCUAUUUGUUUAAUGUCCAUAUUCAAAAUGUUACAUAUGUAAAGUGAUUUAUGUUAAGCAUCUAAAUGUGUUCAGAUCUGUUAACUAACCCAGUUGAUCCAUGUUGAUUUAGUCUUCCCAGCACCCCUAAAUGUAUUAUCCUUAAUAUUCAAUAAGUCUAUUUAAUAAACCUAACCAUUUUAUCCUUA